AUAUAUAGUCUGUGUGACUAUCAGAGUUCUCCUGGCAGCCAUCAUGAAGGGUACACUCUUGAUCUGCUGUUUCCUCUCCCUGCUGCUUUUGCAGGCCACAGCAGAAGAAGAAGAAGAAGAAGAAGAUGUCACCUCCGUCCUCAGAGACAGAUCUCACAUCGAUGAGACGCUGCGGCUUGCAACUGAGGAAAAAGCAGGAGACUAUGCAGCGGCUCUAGAGAGGUUGCGGAAGAUCUACCACACGUCCAUCAAACCAAUGGAGCAGGCCUACAAGUACAAUGAGCUGAGGCAGCACGAGAUCUCAGCCUACCCUGGACGAACCCUGGGGGACUCAGCCACAGAUGGAGAGAUUACCUCCAAGCCCAUGGUGCUGUUCCUAGGACCCUGGAGUGUAGGGAAGUCCUCCAUGAUCAAUUACCUCCUGGGCAUGCACGACAGCCCCUAUCAGCUCUACACAGGAGCUGAGCCUACUACCUCUGAGUUCACUGUAAUUAUGCACGGGGAGAAGAUCCGCUCUGUUGAGGGUAUUGUUAUGGCAGCGGACAGCUCUCGGUCUUUCUCUCCCCUGGAGAAGUUUGGCCAAAAUUUCCUGGAAAAGCUGAUCGGUAUUGAGAUGCCCCACAAGCUGCUGGAACGUGUGACCUUUGUGGACACACCAGGAAUCAUUGAGAACCGGAAACAGCAGGAGAGAGGCUACCCUUUCAAUGAUGUUUGCCAGUGGUUCAUUGACCGUGCUGACCUGAUCUUCGUGGUGUUUGAUCCCACCAAGCUGGACGUUGGCCUGGAGCUGGAGAUGCUCUUCCGGCAGUUGAAGGGUCGUGAAUCCCAGAUCCGCAUCAUCCUAAACAAGGCUGACAACCUGGCCACCCAGGACUUAAUGAGAGUCUACGGGGCACUUUUCUGGAGCUUGGCUCCUCUCAUCAAUGUGACUGAACCACCCCGCGUUUACGUCAGCUCCUUCUGGCCAUACGAUUAUGCACCUGACACCAGCCGUGAGCUCUUCAAGCGAGAGGAAAUCUCCCUCCUGGAAGAUCUGAACCAGGUUAUUGAAAACCGCAUGGAAAACAAAAUUGCCUUCAUCCGCCAGCAUGGCAUCCGCGUGCGCAUCCAUGGCCUGCUGGUAGACCGUUACGUCCAGACCUUUAAAGAGAAGAUGAGCUUCUUCAGUGACCCUGAACUGGUCUUCAAGGAGAUUGUGGAUGACCCAGACAAGUUCUACAUUUUCAAAUCCAUCCUAGCCAAGACCAACGUCAGCAAGUUUGACCUGCCCAACCGCGAUGCUUACCGUGACUUCUUUGGCAUCAACCCGGUCACCAACUUCAAGCCUCUGACUGCUCAGUGCUCCUACAUGGGAGGCUGCCUGCUGGAAAAGAUUGAGAGGGCAAUCACCAAUGAGCUGCCUGCCCUUCUGAGCAGCAUUAACUCUGGCAAGCAGCCUGGCCUGUCCUCCUGCGAGGCUACUGGUUGUGGUGAGAAGCCAAAGAAUCGCUACCGGAAGAACGGAGGAAAAUAAAAUAACUUGAGUAGGGGAAGUAAGAAGAGAAGGGGUCUGGUGGAAGCCAACCCUGCUUUUGUCAGAACGCCUGUAUUGUUGAAGAGACGGAGGAGAUGAGAUUAGUGUUUGUUUUUUUUCCUCAGGAGAAUAUGGGGAGGUGCAUUUAGGGACUGUGGGAAUGAGGUAGAUAGAGGGAGGGAAGCAUCAUUGUUUGAUAAGGCAGCUUAAGGACACAAGUGCUGAAGAAAUGAGAACAUGCCACUGAUCACUGAGUUUUGUUAAAAUACACGCCCUCCUAUCUCCCUUGCACAGUGGACUGUCUGGGAUUUGGGGGUUGGGGAAGAAAUUAUGUGAAGAAACACAGAAAUGAAAAAAAAAAGCAAGAUCAAAUAAAAAUUGAAAAUCCUGAGACUGAAAACAGUCAAAUACCAGCUCCCUUGUAUGUGAAUAAAAUGGGAAAAGUGGAAACAGGAGUUGCAAAUUUGUGUUGUAAAAUUUUGAGAAUUGCAUUGCAGAAAGUCAAUUCCAUAAGCUUCAGAAGCUGUUUUUGAAGUAGCCUUUUUGUGGGUGCUACACAAAACCAUUGUGUUUGGGUAGUCAUCCAAACCUUGAUUUUGACAUAGAUUAACAUUAACAUUGCAUGUUAGACGUCACAUCUUAUUUAACAGAUGCAUGAAUGUCCUUCUAACAUAAAGUUUAAGUAAUAUUUCUUCAUGUAACUGAAACCUGAACCAACCCUGCCAUGCAACGAAUGAGGCCUUUUUUUUCUUAGUUUUAUACGCUCAUCAGUCCUGGUUGUUGACAACCUGUGAAAUGAGCACUGUAUUGGAAGCAGAGGUCAGGGUUCAAGGGUCAGAGUCUUCAGAGCAGGGUGGGUAUUUUCAUUCUGCUUCACUUCUUAACUGAUAUUACUGUUUCUGUUUGCGUCUAUAAAUUUGCCAGUCUUUGUCAUAAAUUCAAUAUGUGUUAUGAUUUUUUUUUUUCCUUGAAAGAUAAGCUUACCAGCUUUUUUAAGCUGAAUGACCACAAAAAAAUAACACAUGAAGGAUGUGUUUGAAUUAUAGUUGCCUUUAGCUAUUUCUUCUGCCAUUUCUUCUGCAGGUUAGAAAGCUAUUUAUUGAUUUUUCUGUGUAAACUUUCCAAAUGGGCAUUGAAGUAGGCUGUGUAUGUGUACUGAACCAUCCUGCUACACUAUUUUACAAACCAUCACUGCAAGAUUACUGUAUGAUAGUGGAUUUCCUUUGUGGGCUGGAGGUAAAGGUGAAGUGGAGGACUCAUGAGUUGACCCCUGACCUCUGUGAGAAAAAGGAAGCCCCGAAUACUAACCUUUACACCCACAAUGGUUUUGCAGUGAUACGUGUCAUAGCUGCGAGUUCUUAUGCAAGCCUACCUCAAUGAACUUCCCAGGAGUAUGGCGUGGUAAAAUUGCUUAAAAUAGUUCGACAUUUUGGGAAAGACACUUAUUUGACGCCAGACAAAUUCUUGGAAGGGCGCGGUCACCUCCUGGUCCCCAGGAAGACUCAUAACCCCUCCUAAGACUGCAAUGUGACGCUUUUACAUUGCAGUGUUUGUACAGAUUAAGUAAACGAGAUAUAAUACGCUAAUUAGGGAGUUUUAGAAGUAUUAGCAAAGCUAAGCUAACCAGCUGCUGACUCCACCUAAAUAUGAAAGAGAGAGACAUGAAAGUGGUAUCAAUCUACCAAAAUGUCAAACUAUUGCUUUAAAUGAGUCCUAAUUUAUAAAAGAAGGUAAGUAGUAAUAACUACAGCUCCAAAAAAGCACCAGUUUAACUCUUGGACAAAUGCACUGUCCUCCCUCACUAACACCGCAGUGAACAGUAUUCAGUAACAGUAACUAAAAUCUGAAGCAUAAUGAAGAAGAAAAGGGAGCUAAUGAAAUUAAUCUCACAUUUGCUUAAUUUUCUGUUUUUUCUUUGAGUGUGAGUACUCCACUGGAUGUGUUUAGUAUGUUUACGCUGCAGAUCCAGAACAUGCCCACUAGAGAGUGCUGUGUAAAAGUGUAAAAAGUUUUACAGACCACUAACUAACUCUCAUCAUGGCAAUAGUUUAUAGUGGGGGUUGUAGCUUGGGCUAAUGGCGUUGUGUGGUUGUGAUUUUGGUAUAUUUCGGUAUCAGUUAUCUUAAUUUACCUGUGAAUUAGAUCUGGAAUGGAUGUGUGUCCCAUUAAAGUAGUUUUUGAUUCACUUUUUUUGUUUUGGUAUACAAUUAAAAUUAAUCUUGGCCCAAUUUUGAAAGCUUGAUCAUCAAGAAUAAAGAUUUCUGAUUGA